GAUCGGAGAGUCAGUGUCACCCUGUUCACCGACGUUUCAGAGGUUAUAACUACCUCUAUAAUCAGGGCGAUUAGUAAAAUCUUAGUGUAACUGGUUGCUCAAGACUGAAUAUAAUUACAAAGACACAGUUGUAUGGGAUAUAAUUGAGCGGAGUGGUGUACGCAUCUGGGUUGAUAUUUGGUUCGUGUGUCCACUUCUUCAGACAUGGCGAGUGGUCGUGGUUCUACUAGGCGAUUGCCAGAAAAUGACUCAUCUAUCGCUUAUGUACAGAUGGAUGGUUUGGCCGUUAUGAAGAUGGUUAAGCACAGUCACGAAGAAUCGACGGGAAAUAUGGAAGUUGCACAAGGAGCUCUGUUAGGUUUGGUUGUUGAAAACUGCCUCGAAAUUACCAACUGUUUUCCAUUCCCGAAGCCUAAUGACGAAAGUAUGGAUGAAGAGGAGUACCAGCUAGCAAUGAUGCGACGUUUACGAAGAGUUAAUGUAGAUCAUUUCCAUGUUGGCUGGUAUCAAAGUGCAGAUGUUGGAAACUUCCUUAGCUUGCCCUUGUUGGAAUCACAAUAUCAUUACCAGACAUCCAUUGAAGAAUCUGUUGUCGUCAUAUAUGAUACUCAGAAGACAGCUCGUGGUUUUCUUACAGUGAAAGCUUAUCGCUUGACUCCACAAGCGAUACAGAUGUAUAAGGACAAUGAAUUCACUCCAGAAGCCCUAAGGAACCUAAAGAUUGGCUAUGAAAGUUUGUUCUUGGAAGUCCCCAUUGUUAUCAAGAAUUCUCAUCUGACAAACAUUAUGUUGUCUGAGCUAGCAGACAUGAUUCCAGAGGAAGAUGGCAGUAAAUUCCUUGACUUAGGGACAGCAUCUGUGCUGGAAGGCCAGCUUCGCUGUCUGAUGGACCGAGUGGAUGAACUGAACCAGGAAGCUAUCAAGUUCAAUCGUUACCAGCAACAAGUGAUCCGUCAGCAACAGGACAAGCAUCGCUUUUUGCAGAAAAGGUCUCAAGAGAAUGCCGCCAGACAGGCCAAGGAUGAACCACCUCUUCCUGAAGAAGACCUGAACAAGUUGUUUCGCCCCAUACCAGUACCACAGCGUCUGAAUCCUAUGAUUGUGUCCGGUCAGAUCAACACAUACAGCCAGCACAUUUCACAGUUCUGUUCACAGUCUCUGGCAAAGUUGUACAUCACUCAAGCUUUACAGACUGCCAAAGAAGGUAAAGCUGCUCCAUGAACCAAGAAUUAUGGGAAUUAAUUACUACUAUUUCUCCUGUCUAAUAGUUUUGUUUGGUGCAAAUAUUGUAAACCACUUUCUUUCCCAUUUAUAUGAGGAAUGUCUACUGUUCUGGAGAUGCCUUAGGGUUGUCAGAUCUCUAUCUGGACUUGUUUGUGCAGUUCGUUAAAUCGUCCCUAGUUCAAAAUUGUACAUGUUUUCCAAACCUAUUUGAAUUAAAAUUUCUGAAAAUAAUAUUUAUUUAAGAAGAAAAUCUACUGUCUUUUGAGCCUGGACACUUAUUAGGAGACACGAGUAAAUUUUUUUUAGAAUAUUAUGAUUGGAGAUACAGUUAAUUGUAUGCAAGUUAUGAAUUUCAGAAUUCAUUGCCGUAGACAAUUGUGUCUUUUGUCAGUGGAAACAAGUACUGUUUAGGCAAAGGAUAAUGUAUCUCCAUGAGUGGAGAAUAAAUAAAUUGGAAUGUACAUUGUGA